UUUUUUACCGAUGUUUAUUUACAGGUUAUCCUACCAGAAGACACUUCGAAUGUUCUCAAUGAUGAAAAAAGUAAAGAGUCAAAAAAAUCUUCUAAAAAAAUUUUAAAACGUUCAAAAUCGGAAUCAACACAUGAUCGUCGAUCAGUGAAAAAAUCUGCUACUAACGUACCAUCAAUAAAUGAUAAUGAAUCAUCAAAUACAACAACAAAACCUACACGUCGACGUUUUUUUUCACGUAAAAAUAAUAAAUUAAAAAAACAGAUAUCUAUAGAAGAUGAAAAUAAUCAAAAUUCAUUACAACAGCAAACAAAUGUUGAUGAAAUUCGUCAGAAAAAUAAUAAAAUACCACGUAGAUCAAAAAGUUUUAAUGAACAUUCUCCUCGAACAUUAUCACCACCACCUGAUUAUGAACAAUCAACAAUAAAUGAUAUAACUCCAUUGCAAACAACUAUAAAAUGGAAAAAUGAACAUCAAUUUUAUCCAAUGACUACAACAUUGGAUUUAACGAGUACUGAUUUAGAUGAUGAUGAAGAUUUCGAUGAAGAUGAAGAAAUGAGUGUGCCUUUACUUGUUACUGUUUUUGUCAUUCCGCUUUAUUUAACACUUGGAGCAAUUCUUUUUAGUAUAUGGGAACAGUGGAGUUUUCUUAAUGCAUUUUAUUUUUGUUUUAUUACAUUAACUACAAUUGGUUUUGGUGAUUUUGUACCGGGCUCAUCAUUAAAAGUUGAAGCUGAAAAAGAAAAACUUAUAUCUGCUGCUGUAUAUAUUUUAUUUGGUCUCGUGCUUAUCGCAAUGUGUGUUAAUCUAAUGAAAGAACAAUUAAGUCAAAAAGUCAAAAAAGUUGCUAGCAAAUUGGGCAAAUUCUGA